AUGUAUUACUCAUGUGAAAAGACUCUCGGAGGUUCAUCAAUAAAGCCUAUUGGAUUAUUAGUAGGUUAAGAUAACUCUACAAAUGAGACUCGAGCUUUUGAUUAAGGUGAUUAUGCACAGACAAUUGAAGAGACUUCUGCAAUAUUUAUAGCCACAAAAAUAGCUAUUACUUCUGGAUAGACUUAAAUGUAUUGCAAAAUAAGAAAUUGCACAAAGGAUGCUGAUUGCAAAUUUGAUUCCCAUAGUCAUCCUAUGAAUGAAUAAGUUUGUAUGAGUAAUGGCUUUUGUAAGGAUUAUCAAUGGUGCCCAUAUAAUGGAGAUCCAGUUCAUACUUAAAUUUAUGUGAUGCAAAAUCUACUAGAUUUACAUUUUGAAUACCUAAAUGUAAUUUAGUUUGGUUCAGAUGCUGAAACAGAGGACAUAAUAUACCACACUAAUCCAGUUCAAGUCCAAGAAGAUGGAAUGAGACAUCCGGUAUUUUACCCAAAAUAAAAGUCAAACGCAAUUAGUAUGGGAACACUUAUAGAGAGUAACAACAUUGAAGUCAAUCAGUUGGUUGAGAAAGGAGCUAUAAUAAAAAUGGUAUUCGAUUAUUAUUGUGAUCUUCGCUACUAUCAAUGUGAACCUUUGAUUGAAUUUUAAAAACUUAGUGAAGAUAACGAUAAUCCUAUUACUAUUGAGAGCUCAAUUUUAUUUACUGAUUCUGAUGAUGGAACUUAAUACAGAGAAUUCUAUCAGAUGACUGGAUUAAGAUUAAUUGUUUAGGUAUAGGGCGAAGGAAAUUUUAUUUCUAUAGCAUCCAUAAUACUCCAGAUUUCAUCAGGGUUGGCCUUGUUAAAUAUAGUAGCUACUGUUUGCGAUUUGAUUAUGUUAUACUGCCCAUUGCUUAAGAAGGAACACAGAGAAAAGUAUAAUGAUUAUAAGAUUGAAGAUAGUGAGGAUUUCAGUAAUCUCUAAGAAAAGAUAGAUUUGAUAGAAAAGGAGCAAGAAAAACGAUUGAAGAAAAUAAAAAAAGAAAGAAAGAAGGCAAAUAGUGGAAGAUGA